AUGGCCACUAACGGCGUGGUGCAUGUGGUGAAGAACGUCCUGUAUCCCGCCGACCUCCCGGUGGGCCGCCAGGACCUGCUGCUGCUGCUCAAGAAGCUGAUCAAGUACAUCACUAUCAAGUUUCAAGCUGGAUUUUCAUACACGGAAAUCCCAUUGACGUUCAUCAAAAGGACGAUCACAACCACACACUACAUUGAAACAGAACCGGACAUGACCAAAGUGAUAAGAGUGAUCGAGGGAGAACCUUCCAUCACCAAGGUAACGAGGGUGAUUGAAGGAGAGCCGUCCAUCACCAAGGUAACGAGGGUGAUUGAAGGAGAGCCGUCCAUCACCAAGGUAACGAGGGUGAUCGAGGGAGAGCCGUCCAUCACCACGGUAACGAGGGUGAUUGAAGUAGAGCCGACCAUCACCAGGGUAGGGAUUCAACCGAGGGUCAUCGAGACGGAGCCAAUGGUCACUGAGGUCCGUGUCGAGACUGAUCCGAUCCACGUGACCCGUCGGAUCGAAGGGGACCCCAGCUUCACCACGGUUACCAGAGUCAUUGGAGGGGACAUACAGAAAACUCUUACAGAGGAGAUCCAGAAGACUAUUGCAGAGGAGAUCGAAAAGUUUGAGAAGACUCUUUCAGAACCCAGUGUGACUAGAGUGGUGGUGGAGGGCGAGCCGGUGGUCACCAAAGUCACCCGAGUCGUCGCACCCUCUAUAACCAAAGUGACCAGGGUGAUUGAGGGAGUUGAAACACAAAAGAACACAGGCCCAGACUUUUCAAAAAUCACUACGAUCCACGGGAAUCCGGAUUUGAUUGAGGAGGAGUCAGAACGCAUCACCAAAAUCAUUAAAGGAGGCAGAUACGCAGCUGUCAAGAGAGCUCAGAUGGGAGCGCGGCGGAGAGCGAGAGCCAGACGUAACAAACCCAAGGCGUGA